AUCUUGGGGUCCUUUUGUACACACAGGGUGAUUUUAGAAGUCAAAUUCUGUGUGUCGAGCGAUUUUUUGUCACAAAUUCUGAGCAAAAUUUGUUCGGCAGAAAAUUUUGGGAUCUAAGCCGCCAUUUUGGACGUAGGAUGCCGGGAAUGGUCACGUGAGGUCCAACAUGGCGACAGUGGGACAGAGUUGGUGACUCCGACACUCCAACAUGACAAAAUCAACCUCUAGCUCCGUAGUCUUUUCAUAAUUCCCACCACUCUUGUCGAUUUAAGAUGCACAAGGGGAAGAAGACCAAGACGAUGUUUCUUAUCCGCGCCCUGGAGAAGAUCCUUAGCGACAGGGAGAUCAAAAAGUCGCACCACUCGCAGCUGAAGAAGGCUUGCGAGGUGGCACUAGAGGAGAUCAAGGGAGAAAUGGACAAUGAUUCCCCAGGAGAAAUUAUUGAGGACAACCCUUCCUCAGCCCUGCCCCUGCCCAAGUCCAAACAGAGGAGCAUCGAUGCUGACAAGUACUUCCUGCCGUUUGAGCUGGCCUGUCAGUCCAAGUGUCCCCGGAUAGUGUGCACUGCCCUGGACUGUCUGCAGAAACUCAUGGCGUACGGCCACCUUGUCGGUGAUGCACCAGACAGCACCACUCCGGGUAAAAAGCUGAUUGACCGCAUCAUCGAGACAAUCUGUGGCUGCUUCACGGGCACCACCACAGACGACGGGGUACAGCUACAAAUCAUCAAGGCCUUACUGACUGCUGUUACAUCUAACACCUGUGAAGUCCAUGAAGGCACGGUGCUUCAGGCUGUCAGGACCUGUUAUAACAUCUACCUGGCCAGCAAGAACCUCAUCAACCAGACAACUGCCAACGCCACCCUCACACAGAUGUUAAAUGUCAUCUUCUCAAGGAUGGAGAUACAAGCUGCUAAAGAACAGGCACUACAGCUUGAAAGAACAUCUAGCCGAGCAUCACUGACUAAAAGUGAAGGCAGUGAAGGAACCCCCGUCCCUACCCCACCACCCCACGGGCUGUCCAAUGGUGAGGUGGUCACGGACAUGGCCGACAACAAAGAAGAUGGAACUCAGUCACAGAAGGAAGCCGGGGAAGACGUGGAGUCUUCACAGACAGAAGACUCGCAGGCGAGAACACAGGAAGAACAGGGGUCUGGUGACUCCAGCAGUGAGGGACAGAAGCAGGGAGAGGCAGCGACUGUGUCGGAAGAGCAGGGCUCAGACUUACCCGAGUCAGAACAGCACGACACGGAACAGCAGGCUGGGGAGACACAGCAAGUACAGCAGGAAGGGACACAGCAGGAACAGCAAGACACAGCUGUCCCCACAGAGCCAGUGUCAGGGGAACAGGAACAGACAGUAGAACAUGUGGUGGCGUCUAUCAUCGAUGACAUGAUAUCUGCUGCAGUGGAAGCUCCGGAGGGCCAGGCGACAGACGAGACCCUGACCCCGGUGGACCCCACCGCCCCAGGGGAUGACCCAGAGAACCAGGACUAUAACCUGGAGACGCCGGAGGCCAGGGAGGCAGCCGCAGCUGCCAGAUUCUCACAUGUCUUACAGAAGGACGCUUUUCUGGUGUUCCGCUCCCUCUGUAAGCUGUCCAUGAAGCCCCUGCCUGAUGGACCUCCUGAUCCAAAGUCCCACGAGCUGCGGUCCAAGGUGCUGUCCCUGCAGCUGCUGCUGUCCAUCCUGCAGAACGCUGGCCCGGUGUUCCGCACCAACGAGAUGUUCAUCAACGCCAUCAAACAGUACCUGUGCGUCGCUCUGUCCAAGAACGGCGUGUCCCCGGUGCCCAAAGUGUUUGAGCUGUCCCUGGCCAUCUUCCUCACUCUCCUGUCUCACUUCAAAACACAUCUCAAGAUGCAGAUAGAGGUGUUUUUCAGGGAGAUUUUCUUGAACAUCUUGGAAUCCUCUAGCUCAACGUUUGAGCACAAGUGGAUGGUUAUCCAGGCACUCACACGUAUCUGUGCUGAUGCCCAGAGUGUUGUAGACAUCUACCUGAACUAUGACUGUGACCUGACGGCAGCCAACAUCUUUGAGAGGCUGGUGAACGACCUGACCAGGAUCGCUCAGGGCAGGGGCGCGGUCGAACUGGGGGCCACGCCCAACCAGAUCCAAUCUGAGAAGACCAUGAGAAUGAAAGGACUGGAGUGCCUUGUGUCUAUACUGAAGUGUAUGGUAGAGUGGAGUAAGGACCUGUAUGUCAACCCCAAUCUGCAGGCAAAUCUAGGCCAGGAAGCAUCCAAGGACGUGGACACAGACAGCGGACACGGCACCAUGGCACGGCACGCCAGCGAAAACUCCCUCAACUCCUCCUCACCCAGCGUGGGAUCCAGCGUGCACGACAAUCCUGAACAGUUCGAGUCACUCAAACAACAGAAGGAAAUCUGGGAACAAGGCAUAGAACUAUUUAACAAGAAACCAAAGAAAGGGCUGCAGUUUCUUCAGGAGCAAGGCUUGCUGGGUAAAAGUGCCUGGGAUGUGGCUGAUUUCUUCCACACUGAUGAGAGAUUGGACAAGACACAAAUUGGAGAUUUUCUAGGAGAAAAUGAAAAGUUUAACAUGGAGGUGAUGUACACAUACGUGGACCAGCUGGACUUCUCAGGCAGGGACAUUGUGUCGGCCCUGAGGCUGUUUCUGGAGGGUUUCCGGCUCCCUGGUGAAGCACAGAAGAUUGACAGGCUGAUGGAGAAGUUUGCUGGCAGAUACUGUGAAACAAACCCCAAUUUAGCCAUAUUUGCCAGUGCUGACACUGCCUAUGUGUUGGCCUAUUCCAUCAUCAUGCUGACUACUGACCUCCACAGUGCACAGGUCAAAAGGAAGAUGACCAAAGAAGAUUACAUCAAGAUCAACAGGGGCAUCAACGACAGCAAGGACCUACCUGAAGAGUACCUGUCUGCUAUUUAUGACGAGAUAGCUGGGAACAAAAUUGCCAUGAAAGAGCAUGUCAGGGCCACAGGGCCCAAGCCUAUGGCAGCAAAAGAUGUACAAACUGAGAAACAACGUAAGCUACUGUACAAUAUGGAGAUGGAGAACAUGGAGAAAACUGCCAAGGCUCUGAUGGAGAGUGUCAGCCACGUCCAAACCAACUUCACCUCCGCCACACAUUUUGAACAUGUCAGACCCAUGUUCAAGAUGGUGUGGACCCCGUUCCUGGCAGCCUUCAGUGUAGGACUGCAGGACUGUGACGACACAGAAAUAGCCAACCUCUGUCUGGACGGCAUCAGAUGUGCAAUAAGGAUCGCCUGUAUCUUCAAUAUGGAGCUUGAGAGAGAUGCGUACGUUCAAGCGCUUGCCAGGUUCACGUUGUUGACUGCGAAUGCGGAGAUUACGGAGAUGAAGACCAAAAACAUCAACACCAUCAAAACCCUCAUCACCGUGGCCCACACGGACGGGAACUACCUGGGCAAGUCCUGGUUAGAGAUAUUGAAAUGCAUCUCCCAGUUGGAGCUGGCUCAGCUGAUAGGUACCGGAGUGAGACCCCGCUUCAUCGGUGGGGGGAACAGCAAGGGACACCAGGACACGGUCGACUCACUGGAACCAGGGUUUCGGACGGCGGGGCUGGUGGAUAAACAGAAGAUGGCGUCAUUCCAGGAGUCUAUGGGAGAGACCAGCUCCCAGAGCGUGGUGGUCGCUGUGGACAGGAUCUUUACUGGAUCCACCAGACUAGACGGAAACGCUGUCGUACAUUUUGUGACGGCCCUGUGCCUGGUGUCCACGGACGAGCUGUCAUCGCCCACCCACCCCCGCAUGUUCAGCCUGCAGAAGAUCGUGGAGAUCUCCUACUACAACAUGGGCCGCAUCAGGCUGCAGUGGUCCAGACUGUGGCAGGUCCUGGGAGAACACUUCAACAGGUGUGGAUGCCAUCAGAAUGAGGAUGUGUCGUUCUUCGCGGUGGACUCCCUUCGUCAGUUAUCCAUGAAGUUCCUGGAGAGAGGAGAGUUGCCCAACUUCCGUUUCCAGAAGGACUUCCUGCGUCCUUUCGAGUACAUCAUGAAGCGGAACAAGUCACCGACCAUCCGAGACAUGGUGGUGCGCUGUGUGGCACAGAUGGUUAACUCACAGGCCCCCAACAUCAAAUCAGGUUGGAAGAACAUCUUCUCUGUCUUCCACUUGGCCGCGGCGGAUUCAGAGGAGGCCAUCGUUGAGCUGGCCUUCCAGACCACGGGGAAGAUCAUCUCCAGCAUCUUUGAACAGUAUUUCUACGCUGUGAUUGACUCCUUCCAGGACGCCGUGAAGUGUCUGUCGGAGUUUGCCUGCAACGCCGCCUUCCCAGACACAAGUAUGGAGGCCAUCCGGCUAAUAAGGAGCUGUGCCAAGUACGUGGCGGACAGACCGCAGGCGUUCCGUGAACACGGCGGCGACUUGGAGCUCAACGUGUCAGAGGAGGACCGUGUGUGGGUGAAGGGCUGGUUCCCUGUGCUGUUUGAACUGUCCUGCGUCAUCAACAGGUGUAAACUGGACGUCAGGACAAGAGCGCUGACAGUGAUGUUUGAAGUGAUGAAGACGUACGGCCACACGUUCCACCAGCACUGGUGGCAGGACCUCUUCAGGAUUGUCUUCAGGAUUUUUGACAACAUGAAGCUGCCGGAACAACAGCCAGAGAAAGCAGAAUGGAUGACGACCACCUGUAACCACGCCCUGUACGCCAUCAGUGAUGUGUUCACACAGUAUUUUGACAUCCUGUGUGACAUUCUCCUGAGUGACCUGUUCUCUCAGCUACACUGGUGUGUGAAGCAAGACAAUGAACAGCUUGCCAGGUCUGGCACUAACUGCCUAGAGAACAUGGUCAUCUCCAAUGGCAACAAGUUCACCCCUGAGACCUGGGACAAAACAUGUAACCUCAUGUUGGAUAUCUUCAAGACAACGAUACCUCAUGCGUUGUUGACCUGGAAACCCGGAGGUCCAGAGUCAGAGCCCCCCUCCCCCUCUACCACCAAGUCAUUACAGGACAGCCAGAUGGACACCCAGUCACAGAAGUCCCUCAGCAUGCAGAGUUCGGUGGAUGUAGGGGAUCUUGGAAGCGAGGAGCGACGGGGUAGUCAGCAGAGUCUGACCAGCGUGGGCAGCGAAGGGUCGCGGGUUCAACAACGGGAGAGACGGCCUACGGGAGAGCGGCAAAGAUCAUCUGUUGACCACAAGUUGUUUGCUGGGCUGCUGAUUAAAUGCGUGGUGCAGCUGGAACUGAUUCAGACCAUCGACAACAUCGUGUUUUUCCCCGCCACCAGUCGCAAGGAAGACGCAGCCAACAUGGCAGCAGCACAGGUGAGUACAAAGUGUCCUCUGAGAUUCUGGAAGAAAUUAUAGUACGCAGUU